AUGGGACAAGGACCCUCGAGCCCUAAGCCAGGCUCCCCUCUCUUUAUUGUCUUACGGGACCUCAAACAAUAUCGGCGUAUAGCAGAAGGUUAUGGGUUUCAGGUUACUAAAAAGAAAUUAGCUCUCCUUUGCCAACAGGAAUGGCCCACCUUCGAGGUAGGCUGGCCCCCGGGGGGUACGUUUGACGUCUCGGUGGCCGGCCGGGUCAGGGGAAUUGUCUAUGGUAUACCUGGCCACCCCGAUCAGGUCCCCUAUAUCACCGCCUGGAUUGAUUUCAAACCCCCUUCGGGACCACUACAGGUCCAGGCCCUUUCAAAACUAAGACCAGGAACGGAAUCAAAGACGACCUUUAGCCGCAAGCCUCCCGAAAGUCCUAAGGUCGUCACACAGCUUACUCCUGUCUUACCACCCCCUGAUUCUGACCCCCUAGAUCCAGCUGAGUACUCCCAGUCCCAGGUUUCAGAUCCACCCCCGUACCCAACCUCAGGGUCUCUGAGCCCCUCAGCCCCUCCUCUGAUAAGUCCACCCCAUACUCGAGCAGGUGCUCCUUAUGGCCCUUCUAAUUCCAGUUUGACCCCAGAUUCCACUGUGUCAGCGUUUCCCCUGCGGCAAGUUCCUUCCCCUCCCGGAGAAUCAGGGAGACCGUUCAUGGUAUAUGUUCCCUUCUCCACCAGUGAUUUGUACAAUUGGAAACAGCAAAACCCAUCCUUCUCUGAUAAGCCCCAGAGCCUAAUCUCCCUCCUAGAGACUGUCUUUUAUACUCAUCAGCCCACCUGGGAUGACUGCCAGCAGCUCCUCCGGGUUCUUUUCACAACCGAGGAGCAUGACAGGAUUCUUUUAGAAGCCAGGAAGGGAGUUCUGGACCCAGAUGGACAUCCCUCUACUGACCUGGGGCGCCGCAACCACAUCUUCCCUGAGAACCGGCCCGACUGGGACCCCAACACUGAUCGCGGUAGGGAAGCACUGGACAGGUAUCGCCAGUUAUUGCUGGGAGGGUUACGGGCAGCAGCACGGAAGCCAACUAAUAUGUCCAAAGUCAGUGAGGUUAAACAGGGCAAGGAUGAGUCCCCAGCUGCAUACUUAGAGCGCCUCUACGAGGCAUAUCGAACCUACACCCCUAUCGACCCAGAGGAUCCCAAUAACCGGAGAGCCAUCAUAAUUGAUUUCGUAGCCAAUUCAGCUCCGGACAUCCGUCGGAAGCUACAGAAACUUGAAGGUUUUGAGGGUAAAAAUCUGACUGAACUCAUGGAAGUGGCCAAGCGGGUGUUUGACUAUCGUGAAGAGACUCAAGACAAGCAAACUCGCACGGUCGCAAGGGCGGUAGUGGCAGCUUUAGCACAGGUUCCAGGGGAGGCUCAGAAGCAAGGGUGGAAAGGAAGGCGGGAGGGGCCAAACGCUGGGCGCCCCUAUAAGGGUAAAGGCUUGGGAAGGCCUCCUUUAGCUCGGGAUCAGUGUGCUUACUGCAAAGCCAUGGGUCAUUGGAAAUCUGAGUGCCCUAAUCGCGGGCUGAAAGAGAAGGGGUGCCCCGGCUCAAAGUCCGUUGUGACUCUUGACCCCCUGGAGCCGAGGGUUACUCUCAGUGUUGGGGGUCAACCUGUCUCAUUCCUAGUCGACUCUGGAGCUGCGGCAUCGGUCCUGAAAUCCCCACUGGGCUCCCUCUCAUCGUCCACUGUGCAGGUCCAGGGAGCUACUGGACGAAAACAGUCUGUACCCCUCACCACUUCUCGGGAAGUCCGGUUAGGGAAGGGCCUAGUCUCCCAUUCUUUUCUAGUAAUGCCUGAUUGCCCUUACCCCUUGCUUGGCCGAGAUCUCCUACACAAGCUUCAGGCUAUCAUUUCCUUUAAGGGACCUAACCCCACUCUCGGGUUUAACCUGCCACAACUUGUUCUCACCUGCCCGUUGUCAGAGGAGUCUCGCCUCCUCCCCCUAACGUUUUCCCCAGACCGCCCCUCGACCACCUCCACCCCUACCUCCCUAACUCUGUUGAACCAUUUCAAAGGCUUGGUUCCUGGAGUCUGGGCUGAGACCAACCCGUUUGGUCUAGCAGGACACCAGCCCCCAGUGGUGGUCCAGCUCUCGUCCACAGCAACCCCUGCGUGUGUCCAACAAUACCCGUUGACUCGAGCUGCCCUUUUGGGCAUCAAGCCUCACAUCGAUCGACUCUUGGCGGCAGGCAUUCUACGACCCUGCCAGAGCUCGUGGAACACCCCCCUACUUCCAGUUCGCAAGCCCGGGUCUGGAGACUUCCGUCCUGUCCAGGAUCUAUGAGAAGUCAACGCCCGGGUGGAAACUGUACAUCCUACUGUGCCAAACCCAUACACGUUGCUGUCUUCCCUGGACCCUGCUCGGACUUGGUAGACAGUUUUGGACCUGAAGGAUGCUUUCUUUUCCAUUCCCUUGGCACCAGUAAGCCAACCUAUAUUCGCUUUUACUUGGACAGAUCCUAACACUGGGACAUCCUCUCAGCUCACCUGGACCCGGCUUCCCCAAGGUUUUAAGAACUCCCCUACACUUUUUGGCUCAGCUCUGGCCUCCGACCUGGCCGCCUUCCGGGUCUCGUAUCCGGAGGUCACUCUCCUCCAGUAUGUUGAUGACCUUUUGUUAGCUACUUCCUCUGAGGCAAUAUGCAAAGAUGCAACUCUCCACCUUCUCCAGCUGCUUGAAGCUUCCGGGUACCGUAUCUCUGGAAAGAAAGCACAACUGUGCUCUCAAUCCGUUGUUUACUUGGGUUUCACCCUUCGUUCUGGUCAAAGGUUACUGUCUCGGGGGCGUGUAGCUGCCAUUUUGGGCAUGCCCGCCCCGAGGAACCGCCGCGGGCUCCGGGAAUUCCUGGGGAUGGCUGGAUACUGUCGCCUCUGGAUCUUGGGGUUUGCCGAGGUUGCCAAACCCCUAUAUGAGGCCCUAACUGGUGAACCCACCCAAUUUGUUUGGGGACCACGGCAGCAGGAAGCAUUCGACAAGCUCCGAAAGGCGCUGUCCAGCACGCCUGCCCUCUCCCUGCCAGACCUGUCCAAGCCCUUCCGCCUCUAUGUGUCUGAGUCUCGAGCUGUGGCCAAAGGGGUUCUGACCCAGCCCCUGGGGCCCUGGAAUCGUCCUGUUGCCUAUCUCUCCAAGCAGCUGGACCCUGUGGCUUCCGGGUGGCCCUCUUGCCUGCGAACUGUGGCGGCCAUUGCCGUCUUGGUUAGGGAAGCCGCAAAGCUCACUUUUGGGCAGCCUCUUGAGAUUUCAGCAUCACAUCAUCUGGAACAGCUUUUACAUUCCCCGCCGACAAGAUGGAUCUCAAAUUCACGCCUGACUCAUUACCAAUCCUUACUCCUAGAUUCCGCGCGCAUCUCUUUCGCUCCUCCGGUCACACUCAACCCGGCCACCCUGCUCCCUGACUCCCCUCCUUCCUCCCCUAUACAUGACUGCCUGGACACACUGGACUCCAUCCACACGUCCCGCCCUGGACUUACUGAUGUUCCUUUAACAAACCCCGACCUAGUGCUCUUCACAGACGGCAGCAGUUUUGUUCAGGAGGGGAUCCGUAGGGCGGGUGCAGCCGUGGUCACUCCGGUUGAGACCCUCUGGGAUACCGCUCUACCCCCUGGCACAUCUGCUCCUGCUGAACUCAUUGCCUUAACUCAAGCCCUUAGACUCUCUGCAGGGAGGCGAGUAAAUAUUUACACAGAUAGCCGCUAUGCCUUUGCCACUGUUCAUAUCCAUGGAUAUGUAUAUCUCCAAAGGGGUCUGUUAACCUCGGCGGGAAGGGAGAUUAGGAACAAGAGUCAGAUCCAGGACCUGCUGGAUGCUGUCUGGCUUCCCAAGGAGGUGGCGGUAAUUCAUGUUCCUGCUCACACCCGUGGAACUGACCCCCAGUCUCUAGGGAACGCAGCAGCGGAUAAGGCUGCCCGAGCGGCUGCCUGCAAACCCUUGAUACCCGCUAUGCCCUGGGAUGAAGCAGGCGGCCGAGGAAGCCGCAAGAAGGUGCCUUGCAUGUGCCAAAGUCAACCCACGAUCACAAUCAAGGAUACCAACUGA